UUCCAAGUCCAUGACCUAAAGCGACAGAGUCAACCAACUACCACUCCUUACCCAAAUCAGGUAUCGGGCCCACAUAACGUUAACCCUUUUUCUCUAUCUCGCGCCCUACUAUAUAAACUCUCGUCAUAUCCUACUGGUCCACCCUUUUUCCCUCUCUCGUCCUCAACUCGACACUGUCUUCGUCUUCGUCCUUUCUCUGCAAAUCCCAUCCCUUCUUCUUCUCCGGUCAAUGCAGGAUAUCCCUUAGUGCAUGAGUUGCUAAGAGAAUAUUCGUGCUGAUUCAAUUAACGUUGAAUUAUGGCGCCAAAGACUAAAUUUGGUUCCAGCGCAGCUAGCCAAGAUGAGCUGGCUGUCAAGGGGGCUUUCUCAAAUGAACAACGGGGAAAUUUGAGAAAUGUCGAUUCGGAUAGGUCCGCAAGAUUUUGUGAUGGUAAUGACAGUCGGAUGUCUGUUUCUGAUACUAGUAUGUUGCAGGGAAAUUCUACAUCUUCACGAGAUUCGGAUUCGUUUGCCCAGUAUUUAAAGUUGGAUCCAAUAACCACAGGAGGUCCAAAGUUUACUAGUUUAAAUGACUUAAAGCGGGCUCUGAGGAUAUCUCAUGGAAACACCCUUGAAGAUUGUGCUUAUCGAACUGGUAAUCCGAAGUCUCGCAUUCCAGCGGAUCCGGAGGAACUGAAACGAUUCAAUGCACGUCUACAGGAGGCUUCUGCCAGGGCUAGUGAUGGAUCAAAGAGGUUGGAUGAAUCUGUACACAAAUUGAACAAAUAUUGGGAGGCCUUAAACUCAAAGAAGCAAUUUCAGAGCGAGGUGUUACCAAAUGAAAGGAUGAGUGGGUCCCAAUUAUCUAACAUGGGAAGUCAGACUCAUCAGAGCACUACAGAGCUUGCAAAUCAAAAACCAGAGGAUAUGCCUAAGAAAAUCCUUCCCAACAUGCACAUCGGUACAUCAGCUGCUGAGAUACAGGCGGAAGGGCUAAACAAUAGCUUUGGCAGACAGCCUUUGACAAUUGGAAAGGAUAAAGACAACAUCAAGGAUGUUGGUAAGGUUUGUGAUGGUGUUCAAGAGAAGAUUCAAUGGUUACCUGUAAGUGGAGAAACAUGGGAUAGAAAAAUGAAAAGAAAAUAUUCCAUGGGCACUGCCUCAGCCAGAUCCACUGAUGGGGAAGGAGAGCCGAAAAGAGUUAUGUAUCUAAAGCAAGCUAAUGAGUCUGGUCUGCAGUCUUGUGAUGCCAUAGGUUUGAGAUUUGAUGACCAUGGCAAAAAUUAUACCGGUGGUAUUUAUCCACAUACAAAAGUCAAAGCUUCAAGGGCACCUCAAACUGAUAACUUGAUAGUUGGAAACUCGUCUUCUGAAACACUUGAUGCCCGGGAGCAACCUUCAAAUGUGAACCAGCCUCAUUCAUUGGUUGGGGCAAUCAAUCAUAAGCGUCCUUUUCCUGUAGAAUCGUCUAUGUCCGGUUUAGCCCAAUGGGCUGGGCAGAGGCCUCAAAAAAGUUCUCGCACUCGAAGAGCAAAUGGGGUAUCGCCGCCGGUCUUAAAUUGUGAUGAAAUGCCUGUGCCAUUUGAAGGCUGUUUCCCUUCUAGCGGUACUAUAAUGAAUUCUACUACAACUAGUGGACCACUUACAUCCAAGGAUGCUAUCAACAACAUGCAAUGCACUAGGAAUAAAAAUGACGACAAUUCAAUCCAGACCAGAAUAUCUGAAAGUUUAGAAUUUGGCGCCAGGGAAAAUGGUGAAAAUAAAUUAAAAGAGAAAGAAUUGGACAGAAACAAAGGUGAUGGAAGAGCCAUAAAUGAUUCCUGUAUUACAGGUUCCUACAUGUCAAUGACAAAAAAGGAACUAAAGCUGAACAGAGAAGAGACUGGAGAUGGUCUGCGUAGGCAGUGUAGUGGCAACAAUGGCUUUUCAGUUUUGAAGAAUGACAUCUCAUCAACAGAAGAGAAGUCUGAGAUUUUAUCCUUGACAAAGCGAACUCGAAAUACGAAACCUUCUUCUCUAAAGAAUGCAAGUAGAUCAAGGCGACCUCGUAUGAAGAAGCCACACAAUAGUAAAGCUAUUGCUCAUCUUGGGCAUCCAUCAAUUAGUAGUUCCCCGGAAAUUGCAGGUAGAUCAGGUGAUGACUGUGAGGAACUAUUAUUUGCGGCCAACUUUGCUAGCAAUGCCAGCCAUACUGGUUGUUCUAGUUUAUUCUGGAAGCAAAUGGAACCUAAUUUUGCUCCUGUCAACUUGGAAGUCAUAGACCACUUGAAGCAGCAGGUUAAAACAAUAGAGGAUGAUCAAAGAUAUUUAUCUCAAAUGCUUUGCCUUCAAAGUGAUGCCCCGGAUGUGGUUGUGCUUACGAACAACCUUUUUUCGCAAUAUCCACUUGAAGGAGAAAGAGGCAGAAACAUUUUAAAUCAAUCUGAUUCAAAAGAGCUAUCUUCAAUGGUUGACAUGGUUAAUCAACCUCACGAUGGCAGCUUUCUGUCCAGUCAAAUGGAUUUAGAAUACAAACUACCACCAUUGUACCAGAGAGUAUUGACAGCUUUGAUCAUUGAUGAUCAAAUUGAAGAAACUGUUGAAGAUGAAAACAUAUCUUUUCUGCAUGAAAGAGAUGACCCUCCUGUUGGAUUCUACACUGACACAGUUUCCUGUAAUGGGAAUGCUACCUCUACAUGUGACGAAAUGUCUAUGGAAGAUAAACUCUUAAUGGAGCUAAAGACUGUCGGCAUAUUCCCAGAACCAGUGCCUGAGCUUGCUGAUGGAGGUUGUGAAGCUAUUGAUCAAGAAAUUACUCAAUUGCAAAAGGGAAGCUGCCAGCAGCUCAUCAAAAAGAAAGAAGGAUUUAUGAAACUUAUUCAAGCAGUAGAAGAUGGCAGGGAAUUGGAACAGCGAGCCCUUGAGCAAGUUGCUAUGGACAAACUUGUUGAGUUGGCAUAUAAGAAGAAGCUGGUAAUAUGCCUACUUAUUUUUUGUGCUUAUUCCCUGUUGUUUGCUGAAUUAGUUUUAGAAUGCAGAUGUGGCAAUUGAAUUCAGCUAUUUGACAUAUUAUCUGAAACAUGUUAUUUGUUUGAUUGAAAGGUGUUGCAGUUCAAAAUAUUUUUUAAAGAUUAAACCGUCAAAUUAAUUUCUGA